CACUUCCCCCCUCCCUCUGUUACCCAUGUUAUGGUAUAAAUUCAGCCUUGGGGAAAAAUAAAAUUGUUGCCUUGACCAGAUUCUUGUCUUGGUGCCCUUCUUCGUGUCCCUUGUCCCCCAUUCUCUUCCAGGUACACCCAGCCCCGUUGUUGACACUAAUCUUCCCCUCCACCUGUUUGGCCUGGCUCAGAAACUUGGGCCCAUCUACAGGAUCGCUUGGGGCUACAAGGUAAGCCAGUCUUCUGUCUUUGUGUGAGCCCUUCUUCCCUUCUGACACUGCCGUUUCUCCUCAGAUGCGGUGGUGCUGAACUCUAACAAAACCAUUGAGGAGGCCUUGAUCCAAAAGUGGGUGGACUUCACUGGCUGACCCCAGAUACUAGAUGAAACCAUGAUUCUGGAGAUGUGGAGACCCACUGCUGACUUUGAGAAGAGCCAAGCUUAGAGCUGUGAGAGCCUCUUGGAGCAGGGCUGAGGUGUGAGAGGAAGAUUUGGGGUUUGCUGUGUUACCUUUGCCCUGAGCUGUUCCUGAUGAAGUCACGGCCUUUCAAAGCUGAGAGCCAAGAGAAGCAGCUCAGCGGACAUGGAAAAUUGUUGCAAGCCCUCUCUGCUCUUCCAUAUCUUGUGCCUGUUGGUCCUUACACAGAUGACUAGCUUGGUAACCGCAAAGGAUUUCCUGGUCUUUGGUCCCUCAGACCCCAUUGUCGCCACACUGGGUGGGGAAGCCAUCCUUCCCUGCUCCGUGUUUCCAGUCAUGAGUGUGGAGAACAUGGAGGAGCUGAGGUGGUUCCGCACCAGAUUCUCAGAAGCAGUAUUUGUCUAUCGGGACCAAGAGGAGCAGAAGGAAGGGCAGUUGCCUGGGUAUUCACAGCGCACCUCAUUGGUGAAGGACCAGUUCCAUGAAGGCAAGGCUGCUGUGAGGAUCCAGAAUGUCCAGGAGUCAGAUAGUGGGAUAUACGUCUGCCACUUCAAACAGGGACACUUCCAUGAGGAGGCCAUCUUGGAACUGAAGGUGGCAGCGAUGGGCUCUGUCCCUGAAGUGUACAUCAAAGGUCCAGAAGAAGGUGGAGUGUGUGUUGUGUGCAUGACUUCAGGGUGGUACCCGGAGCCCCAGGUGCACUGGAGAGACUCCAGAGGAGAGGAUCUCCCAGCAUCCUCAGAGACCCUCCAUGAAGAUGCUGAAGGGCUGUUCAGCACAGAGACCUCACUGGUGCUGAGAGACAGCUCUGUGAGGAAUGUGACCUGCUCCACCUUCAAUCCCAUCUUGGGUCAGGAGAAAGCCAUGGCCAUGGUCAUCCCAGAGCCCUUCUUCCCUCAGGCCUCUCCCUGGAAGGCAGAUAUUUCUGAGAUCCUGAAAAUGAUGCAAGUUCUAUUGUUACUCACAAGCUGUCUUCUCAUGAGAGCACAUUCUGCAAGGCUGAGGUUGCAGUGGAAAUGGAGCCAUUUUCAGCUUGAGAAGGAUGAGUCACAGAUGACAAAGGAGGAUGCUCUCAGGACUGCUAGUGCACUCAGGGAGGAGCUUGAUCGGAGGAAAGCUGCCUACAAUCGAGCCUGGAGGAAGGCGCAUCUGUAUGCAGAUUGGCGCAAAGAACACUUCCAGACCUGGACUUUCACUCUGGAUCCAGGCUCUGCCCACCCCACCCUUGUCAUCUCCCAGGAUAGGAUGAGAGUGACCCGGAAGGACACCAUUGUGUGCUUGGAUGGCCUCUUCAGUGUGCUAGGCACCAAAGGCAUCUCUUCUGGAAGAUAUUACUGGGAGGUGAAGCUGGCAAACGGAGAAGGCAGCAAAUGGAUUCUGGGGGUCUGUAGGGAGGGUGUGGAGAGGAAAGGCUUUUAUUUUGAGAGUCCAGAGAAGGGGUUUUGGACAGUGGGGCAGUCUAGUUGUGGGUAUUUUGCCUAUGUUGACCGUGGGAGGGCUUCCUUAUCCAUCAGGCAAGCUCCGCAGAGUGUGGGGGUGUUUGUGGACUACGAUGAAGGGGACAUCUCCUUCUAUAACAUGAGUGACAUGUCCCACAUUUUCUCCUUCCACAAGGCUUCCCUCUCUGGGACUCUCCUUCCAUACUUUCGGCUUAUGUCUGGAAAUGUCUCGAUGACUGUCAGCUCCAUGGCCUGUGUGUCUGAGGGGCAGGAGGGAGAAGAGGGAGAGAAAGGGGAGGAACAAGAGGAGGGCAAAGAGGGGGAAGAAACUCCAUUCCUCUAGCGUGUCAGGGACACUCUGUUCCCAUAGUGUGGAUUACUGCCUAAGUUGUCAAUGUGACUCCAUGUGGGAGGGUAAAGUAUUUUCAUAUUUAAUGUGAUUUUAGAUUAAAUGUUUACAUUUCAUGUAAAAUAGCAA